GGAGGUCACAUAAAUUCUGCAAUGUUAUACAACACUUGAAGUUAGCAAGAAAACAAAAAACCUCUCCUGAACCGUCGAAAUGUCAUCGGGAAAACCAAAACCCGAAGAGUUCCAUCAUUUAUGGCUGCCAACAACAGCCCCUGAAACGACUGGGGAAAAGUUCAAACGAAAAAUAAAAGAGAAUCCAUUCGUUCCAGUCGGUAUGCUAGCAACAGUAGGAGCAUUAGCAUAUGGAUUCUAUGGUUUCCAAACUGGUAACCAGAGACUUCAACAAGUGAUGAUGAGAACUCGAGUAGUGGCUCAAGGUGCAACUGUGCUCUUUUUAGUUGGAGGCAUUGCUAUGGCAACCCUCAAAAGUGGUCAGACAAAAUGAAUAUAACUUAGAUGCCUGUGUGUAUAUGUGAAACUUACAAAUUCUGAAAAUGGCUUAUCUGGCUUGCUUAGUAGAAGAUAGUCAUUUUGAAAUUGAAAUAGAGAUGGAAUGCUACAUCCAAAUUGUAAAUAUCAAAUUGAGUUUUGUUUAUAGUUUUUUUUACUCAAAUUUUUAUUCAUUUUACAACUAUUAAGGAGUUGCAAGACAGAAAAUCUAAAGGAUACAAAUUUGUCAAUUUGGAUAUGUCAUUCAUACUGAAUACUUAUUAAAUCUGUAAAUCAUAAAUUGUAAAAAAAUUUAUGUAAAAAUUUAAUAUCUAUUGAGAAAGUCCAUCUAGCUUUCAAGAAA